AAAGUGGUGGAAAGUACAAAAAUACCCUCGAUGGAUGAUCUUGAUGUGUAUAUAUCUCCUCAGAUUUUCCGCUAGGGCUAUUUUCAGGUGCUCGCCGUCGUCUGACUUUGGAUUGUUCGCCGUCCGAUCAGAGCUCUAUCUUUCUCCGAUCGCUUCAGGUACUUCAGGUUUACACUAACAGUCAGAGUGACAAUGGCAGAGAAUGGGUCAGGGAAUGAUGAUGCUAAACAUCAAAACACUUCAAAUCUGGAGAUUGUUAACAACGAAUCAUCGAUUGACGAGUUAUCAAGGGAGGUUCAAGAAACGCUUUCUCUUUCACAAAGGCACAAGUUUUGGGAAACACAGCCUGUUGGGCAGUUUAAGGAUCUACACGAUGCUAACUUGCCCGAAGGCCCGAUUGAACCCCCAACACCUAUCUCUGAAGUAAAACAAGAACCGUAUAAUCUCCCAAAUCUCUACGAAUGGGUCACUUGUGAUAUGAACUCUGAAGACACAUGUGCUGAGGUUUACAACCUCCUUUCGAACAAUUAUGUCGAAGACGAUGAAAACAUGUUCAGGUUUAACUACUCGAAAGAGUUUCUCCGGUGGGCCCUUCAUCCUCCGGGCUACUAUAAAACCUGGCACAUCGGUGUCCGUGUUAAAAGUUCAAAAAAGCUUGUAGCUUUCAUAACAGGGAUCCCUGCAAGAAUGCGGGUUCGUAGUGAGAUUGUUAGCAUGGCAGAGGUUAACUUCUUGUGUGUUCAUAAGAAACUCAGGUCAAAAAGAUUGGCCCCUGUCAUGAUCAAAGAGGUCACGAGAAGGGUUCACUUAGAAAACAUCUGGCAAGCUGCGUAUACAGCCGGAGUUGUUCUUCCCACACCGAUAACUUCUUGUCAAUACUGGCACCGAUCUUUGAACCCUAAAAAGCUUAUCGAUGUCGGGUUUUCAAGGCUAGGCCCGAGGAUGACAAUGAGCAGGACGUUGAAGCUGUAUAAAUUACCUGAUUCGCCGGUCACACCCGGGUUUAGAAAAAUGGAGCUCCGUGAUGUUCCCGCAGUGACCCGUUUACUCAGGGCUUACCUGUUGCAGUUUGCCGUUGCACCCGAUCUUGACGAACUCGAUGUGGAACAUUGGAUUCUUCCGAAAGAGGACGUUGUCGACAGUUUCGUGGUUGAAAGCCCCGAGAGUCACGAAAUAACUGAUUUCUGCAGCUUCUACACGCUGCCAUCGUCAAUUCUCGGGCACCCGACCCACUCGAUUCUGAAAGCAGCUUAUUCUUAUUAUAUUGUUGCAACCAAGACUCCGUUAGUUCAGCUGAUGAAUGAUGCUCUUAUUGCAGCGAAGCAGAAGGACUUUGAUGUUUUUAACGCGUUGGAUGUGAUGCAUAAUGAAACAUUCUUGAAGGAGUUGAAAUACGGGCCCGGUGAUGGUAAGCUUCACUAUUAUCUUUAUAAUUACAGGAUUAAGAAUAUCUUGAGACCAUGGGAACUUGGUCUUGUGCUUUUGUAAUCUCAGAAUUAGCAAAUGGUUUUGGAUUUUGUGUGUUGCUUUUAGAUUCUGAUCACUAUCUAUGUACUUUGAUCUCUUGCAUUCAUAAACAACCAUCCUUUUAAUUUAAGUGAAUUUUAUUUCCAUUUU